GGUCUCACUUAGCAGGAUGUUCCAGCUGAUCCAGAGUCACAUCCAGCCAGCUGGGCACCGAAACCGCAAGACCCGCUUGGUCACCAAAGAUGGGCGCUGCAACAUUGAGUUUGGCAACAUAGAGUACAGCAACCACUUUGCCUUUGUGGUGGACUUCUGGACCACCUUUGUGGAAAUCCGCUGGCGUUUCGUGCUUCUCCUCUUCGUGGCCUCGUUCACAGGAAGCUGGUUCAUUUUCAGCCUGCUGUGGUACUGGAUUGCAAAGAGCAACGGCGACCUGACAGAACAGAACCGCACAGAUGGACACGUCCAGUGUAUAGACAAUGUUAACGGCCUCACGACAGCUUUCCUCUACUCUUUGGAGACCCAGACGACCAUUGGGUAUGGCGGGAGGGCGCUGACUGGGCACUGUGCUGGCACCGUGGCCCUUAUUAUUAUCCAGUCUCUCAUUGGAGUCUUCAUCAAUUGUUUUAUGUGCGGGGUCAUCUUGGCCAAGAUUUCCCUACCAAAGAAAAGGGCAAAGACGGUCACCUUCAGCAAUACAGCUGUUAUCUGCUUGAAGAAAGGUAGCCUCUGUCUUCUGAUUAGAGUGGCCAACCUUCGCAAAACCUUGUUAAUAGGGAGCCAGAUCUAUGGCAAGCUGCUUAGGACGACAACCACGCCAGAUGGAGAGACCAUAAUUCUGGACCAAGUGGACAUUGACUUUAUGGUUGAUGCUGGAAAGGACAACUUGUUUUUUGUGUGCCCACUGACCCUCUACCAUGUGAUUAACAGGUCAAGCCCGUUUUAUGAGCUGUCAGCAGACACCCUUCCCCAACAGGACUUUGAACUGGUGGUCUUCUUGGACGGGACGGCUGAGUCCACCAGCUCUGCGUGUCAAGUCCGAACUUCCUACAUCCCACAGGAGAUCCAGUGGGGAUACAGCUUCCUGCCCAUCAUCUCCCGCACCAAGACUGGCAAAUACCGGGUGGAUUUCUCCAACUUCUCCAGAAGUGUCCGGGUCACGACGCCCCACUGUGCCCACUGCUUUGAGACAGACGUAGACCAGCGAAACCAUAACAGACACAACCAGCAAAACCACAAUCACUGGAAGCUGGGCAUUGACAAUCCCGGGUUCCAAGUGAUUGACAUUCAUGACGCCGUGGAUAUCACUAAAAUGUGACAAAGCAGAACAAGAGCACAAAGUGUGUUCUGUUCGGAAGCACAGUCAGUCAGGGUGCGGGAGAUAUUUUAAAAACAGAUAUGGGCUCAUCACCUCCUUAUGUACAGACUGUCACUGUCAGACUGUCAGUAUUUGUGAGAGAAAAUGGUGACACAGUGGUGUAGAAUCAAGUUCUGAAGAUUUAGGUGAAGUUUUUGGCACUCGAUGGCAAAAUAUGCAUCACUGUUUCAAGGCCUUUCAUGCUCAUUGAUUGAACAAAUGAGUGCUAUGGACUAUUUUGCCUUGAAGAGACGAAAGAUUCAAAAUUCUCCAACUGUUUGAACAGAGCUCCCAGGUAUUCCCAGAUACCAGCUGAGGUUACGCUGUUGCUCAGCGGCUCAUUACAAUCAAAGCACCUUUGGGACUGAGGCUGAGAAACGUCGACAAGUAGAAAAUAAAAGGCAUAGUACUGUGUGUACUCCUUGUCAAAUAGUAUGGGUUACAAGGGCCGGGGGAAAAUACAAGUAGGACAGACCUUUUGAGUUUUCUCACUUUUCCUACUAAAAAUACUAAAUGUAUGAUUUUGUAUUUGUCAUGUUGACAGAUCUUUUAUGCCUUGAUAAUUAGGAAACUGUGAACAUAGCUGCUAACUGCAUAGGCUGUUAUUGUGACCAGUCUACAUUUUGUAGAUCAUAUUGUGUACAGUAUGACUUUUUCUCAGGGAAAGGGACAUCCUUAGUUAGAAUAAACACUUUUUUCCACAAUA